AAAUCCCUCUCCUCCUUCUCCCUCCAAUCCCUCACAACAUUUCCCUCAUUUUCCUCUCUCUCUCUUUUCAUUGCAAUCUUAACACUAUUACUCCUCAAAAUCUCAUACACUUUUCAAUUAAUAACACAUAAACACAAAACAUGUGUAGCUCCAAGGCUAAAGAAGUAACUGUAGGCAUAGAAUCUUCCACAACACCACAUGUUGCUAGAAUCAAUGGAAGGCCAGUACUUCAACCAACAUGCAACCAUGUUCCAAAUCUUGAAAGAAGAAACUCAAUUAAGAAAUCAACACCAAAAUCACUUUCUCCAUUACCACUUCCAAACAAGACUAAUACUUCUUCAUUGACACCACCAAUUUCUCCAAAACCAAAGUCACCUACUAGUACUAGACCAUUAGCUAUAAAGAGAGGAAAUGACAAUAAUGGACUUAAUUUAAGCUGUGAAAAGAUUUCAAUACCAAAAAACAUAAUGAAAACUCCAACUUUGGAGAGGAAAAAAUCAAAGAGUUUUAAAGAAGGGUCUUUUGGUAUUGAAGCUGCUUCAUUGAGUUAUUCUUCUUCUUUGAUCACUGAUUCACCAGGAAGCAUAGCUGCUGUUAGAAGGGAACAAGUGGCACUUCAGCAAGCACAAAGGAAAAUGAAGAUUGCUCAUUAUGGAAGAUCAAAAUCUGCUAAAUUUGAAAGAGUUUUUCCUAUUGAUCCUUCAAGUGCUCUUGAUUCAAAGACUACUAAUCAAGAGGAGAAGAGAUGCAGCUUCAUCACAACCAAUUCAGAUCCUAUCUAUAUUGCUUAUCAUGAUGAAGAAUGGGGAGUUCCAGUUCAUGAUGACAAGAUGUUGUUUGAACUUCUAAUUUUAAGUGGAGCUCAAGUUGGAUCUGAUUGGACCUCAACCUUGAAGAAACGCCUAGAUUUCAGGGCUGCAUUUUCAGAAUUUGAUGCAGAAAUUGUGGCCAAUUUGACUGAUAAGCAAAUGAUGUCUAUUAGUUCAGAAUAUGGCAUUGAUAUAAGUAAAGUUAGAGGAGUUGUUGAUAAUGCUAACCAAAUUUUACAGGUUAGGAAAGGCUUUGGUUCAUUUGACAAAUACAUUUGGGGGUUUGUGAAUCAUAAACCAAUCUCAAAUCAAUACAAAUUUGGUCACAAGAUUCCAGUGAAGACAUCAAAAUCAGAGAGCAUAAGCAAAGACAUGAUUAAGAGAGGGUUUAGAUAUGUUGGUCCAACAGUGGUUCAUUCAUUUAUGCAGGCAGCUGGCCUAACAAAUGACCACUUAAUCACUUGCCACAGGCACUUGCAAUGCACAUUAUUGGCAGCCAUAUAAGAGAUUAAUUGACCCUACAAGUUCUCAAGACAUAAAUUGAAAGUUAUUAUUAUGUAUGCUUAAAAGCAUAUGUAAUAUAACUAAUGUGCUGACUAUAGUUUACUUGGAGUUCAUUGUUGUGUAUAUUAUUAGAUAGGUCUGAAAGUUUUUUUCUCUCUUUCUGAUUUGUGAGAUGUUGUGAGAAUUUUUAAUGAUAAGUUUGAGUGUGCUAAAGCAUUUUAUUUUGCAUAGUUCAAGAACAAGAAAAAUAUUACUAAUGGUGUUAUUAAGGGAAAUAGAUUUGGUGCA